GCGGGAAUUCUCGUUUUGACGGAUGAGGAAAAGCGGACUCUUUUGGCUGAAGGUUAUAGUAUUCCUACGAGGCUUCCUUUGUCUAAGCAGGAGGAGCGUAACCUCAAGAAAAUUCGACGCAAGAUUAAGAAUAAAAUCAGUGCACAAGAGAGUCGACGCAAAAAGAAGGAGUAUGUGGAGUCCCUGGAGAAACGGGUGGAGGCCUACGCUCAAGAGAAUGCCGAUCUAAAGCGUCGAUUGGAUGGUCUGGAGGGAACGAACCGAUCCCUUUUAAGCCAACUGCGUCAUCUUCAACAAGCAGUGAACAGGUCUUCUUCUGCGUCUUCCAAUUCCACCCCAUCCUCUUCCUCCUCGACAACAUCAUUGUCGGUACCACAAAAUUCCAAUUCCACCGCUUCUGUGGGUUCCAAAAAGUCAACUUCCACUUCCUUAUCCUCUUCUUCCUCAUCCGCCUACCUAAUGGUCUUCUUGGCCUGCUUUGCGGCUCUUUUUGCUGGCCAACCUGGCACCACCACCUCAGCAACCUCUGGCUCCAGUAAUUAUUUCCCUGCAUCAUCCUCAUCUCCUAAAGCGCUAGCCACUUCGGGGCACAUUGUGGGCGACUUGUCAACAUUUGGCUCGUUGCAUCAGAUUGGAUAUACGUGGACGACAAGAACGCAGAAAAUGGGUCCGCGAUUAGAUGGCGAUUACGCUCGAGGGCCGAACGUGAGUUACAUGCGAGAACACCCAACGGGAACCGCGUCCAUCCACCGCAUGCAUGAGUGGGCUCGCACACCGACCUACUUCAAGGAAGAGCGGGAUUCACAUUAUCAUGGGACAACUUGUACCAAAAAUUCACCAAACCGGUCCCGCAUUUUGGGUUCAGCGAAGGAAUUCGAUGAAUGCGAGCCAGUGACAUGGUGGGAGUACUUCUUCGAUCAAUCAAGCGGCAAGUGUCGCGACGACAGGACUGCCUCCAAAGUAGUUGAAAAUGACCUCUUGGUUAGAAGUACCAAUCUCGUCAACGCGGCCAACGCUACAGCGCAAAAUCAAUUCGUUCUGGCAUCGGUCCAACCGAAGUUCGCCCUUGGGCUGGCUAAUGGCAUUCUGCUGUCAGCUUGA